CUUGCCAAUGGUAAAUCCAGACGUACAGGUGUGAGAUACCAGGAUACAGUAACUUAUGAAUGUGAUACAGGAUAUUCCAUGGUGGAUCAUCCAACUGUUACUCUGAUAGCAACGUGUAUGGCAAACAAACGGUGGUCUUCUCGGAAACCUUCAUGUGAACCCCGACAAUGUCCCACUCCAGGAAAACCACCAUCUGGACUGUAUUUUGUAUACCGGCAAAGGAACUAUGUCCAGAGAGGUCCUUUCCAAUAUGGUGACACUGUUAGAUGGUUUUGCAGUAGAGGAUUCACAGGGAAUACCGAUGCUGUAUGCCAGGCAAAUAGUACAUGGAGCAAGAACACACCAACCUGUACACGGAUAACAUGUGGAAAUCCUGGUCAACCUGCCAAUGGUCAAGCUACAAAUACAGGAUUUGACUUUGAAAAGACUGUAAGAUACACUUGUAACACAGGUUAUGAGAUGGAGAACAUACCAAGUGGUGAACUCAUAGUGACAUGUAAAGGAACUGGAUCAUGGUCUCAACCCAGACCUACAUGUCAACCCCGCCAAUGUCCCAUUCCAGUAACACCAACAUCUGGACAGUAUUAUGUAGAACGGCUAGGACAGCGUCUCUGGAGAGGUCCUUUCCAAUAUGGUGACAUUGUUAGAUGGGUGUGUGAUACAGGAUUCACAGGGAAUACCGAUGCUGUAUGUCGAGCAGAUAGUACAUGGAGCAAGAACACACCAACCUGUACACGUAAAAGCUGUGCUGACCCUGGUGCACCUACCAAUGGUAACUACACAGUGACUGGCUUGAAGUACGAGGAUACAGUUACGUACACCUGCAGACUUGGCUAUGACAUGCAGAAUCAUCCAAAUGCUUCUCUUACUGGGGUGUGUAUGGCCAAUAGGAUGUGGUCCCACACAAAGCCCACAUGCGAGAGCAUUAGGCGCAAUUCAAGCAAUGCAAAGCUCGUUACUCGGAUGAAACAAGAGGUCCUCAGCACAUAUGGGAGCAUCCUCCAGGCAUUAUCGGAUCUUCAAGUCGUUCUGACCAAUUCUGCUCAGAAAAUGCGGUCAUGGAGCUAGACAUAACCUUGCAUUGCCCUGCAAGCCAUCUCUGAAACGUUCAAUAAUAUCCUCGGACCAACGUCACUGUCCACUCUGCCACCCACGGCACUCUCCAGAGUGUAUCAGUCCAUGCACAGUAGUGGCACGUCACCGCAUAAUCCAUGCACAGUAGUCGCACGUCACCGCAUAAUCCAUGCACAGUAGUCGCACGUCACCGCAUAAUCCAUGCACAGUAGUCACACGUCACUGCAUAAUCCAUGCACAGUAGUCGCACGUCACCGCAUAAUCCAUGCACAGUAGUCACACGUCACCGCAUAAUCCAUGCACAGUAGUCACACGUCACUGCAUAAUCCAUGCACAGUAGUCGCACGUCACCGCAUAAUCCAUGCACAGUAGUCACACGUCACCGCAUAAUCCAUGCACAGUAGUCACACGUCACCGCAUAAUCCAUGCACAGUAGUCACACGUUAACCGCAUAAUCCAUGCACAGUAGUCACACGUCACCGCAUAAUCCAUGCACAGUAGUCGCACGUCACCGCAUAAUCCAUGCACAGUAGUCUAUACACUGUAACCACACUCCGUCCUAUAGUCUAUGCAGCAUAUUCUUAGUUUUGCUUGUAUCAUGUGAGUGCACAAUGUCUGCUCAUAGUCUCACACCUGCAAACAUACUAAGUACUGUAGUUUCAUUAGAAAAAAAAGAUAAUAUACACAAUCGGUUUUGUUCCAUUUCUAAAACCUAUUCACUUUAUUUCAAUUUCGCACCACUCUCGCAGAAUCUCAAAACCUUCAACGGUGUUUAGUUUUUAGCCUGUCUAUUCUUAUGAAUAUGUUUGCUUCAUUUUGAUUUCGUUUUCAAUCGUUUGAGGCAGUGCAAUUCGUGUAUCUUGUGUUGAAACUGCUGUCGUUUGUUUCUUUGCACCUAUCGGGAUUUGCAGAAGCAUACAUAGGAAGUACAAUGAACAGUUUGGCGACAAGGAGACAAAUUUUAAUCCGAAUCGAUAACGAAUAUGCACAGUCAUUCUAUGCAAUCAUGCAUCUACACACAUCACCCAUGGAACAGUUCGUUGGCUCAAGAGCCCGGUCACACAUGCACUGGAGUUCCGCUUUGGCGGCGAGGUUCUGCGGCAGCGAGCCUGAUGUCUCUCCAGCGAAACCACUUGUGUAUGGUCACACAUAUGGCUGCGUUUACAUACAAACAGGUCAAACUC